CUAUCCCAGGACGAAAGAGAUUAUUUGAUAGCUGUAUUCCAUAAAUUGUAAACACAUACUGCCAGUCAAAGUGAACCGUUCCCAGUUAAUCCUUGUGAAAUGUGAUGGAGAAAUCGAGGAUGAAAUUGCACGAGAACCGUUGUCGACAAUGCAAAAAGUUAUUUUGCUGCGUUAAUUGUCGAUUGGCUCAUGAAAGCAAGAAGCAUUCGGAACGCGAAUUAAAGUGUGAUCUCUGUUGUUCCAAAAAGCUUCAAAUAAGAGGAGACGAAAGUCACGAGUUUAUCUGCCAUUUGGUUUUUCAUCAUUUGCCACUUCUGUGUCGUCUCUGUGGUCAAUCCUUCGAAUCUAAUCAGGAUUUGGUAGUUCUUCAAAAGUGUGGUUGGUGGAAAACCGAAAAUUCGAAACGACUCUUGAAAGUCUUGGGGAAAAGUUUUCCGUCAACACCUUCUUCCAAAAUCAAGGCAUCUUUAAAUGUAUGUAACAAUAAGGAACCGGUUACGAAAAACAGACAUAGUGGUGAUUUCGUCACCUUCAACUCACCUCCGGUGUUGACUCGAAAUACAAGUACACCUAUGCAAAUUGGAUUGAAUGCUCCGAAGGGAAAUUCGGAAUUCAAGUGCUUGACUGCUUUGAGUUUUCUUUUAAAAACGCCAAAGAAAUUUUCACCGUCUUUGGAGGAUCGAGGAUCUUGGCCCAUUAUUGAUAGCAGCGAAAUUAAAAGAUUCAACUCGGAUUCUCAGUACUGUAGUGGAAUCUCUUCGUAUUCGAGAUCUUCAUUUCAGGGUAGCAGCUUGUCGCAUAAAACAACCAAUUCAUCCACUAGUACAACAACCUACUUCACAUGUGAUAAUCCCGAGAUUGAUUCGUGUACAAGAUCCGAUCUGGGAUCAAAAGUGAAAGAAACCCCAGAAGUAGAAGUCCCAAACAAGAAGGAAGUCAAAGAAUCCACCAAAAGAGUAAGAUUUUCGGACCAGCUCGGACACUUAACAAAAAUGGCCGAGAACGACGAAUUUUUCGAAGCUUAUGAGAAUCUUUCCGUAACGUCUUACAAACCUAAUGAUAAAGUAGAAGAACCGAAAGCACUCGAGGAGCAUACAGAGGGAACUUCAGAUGUCAGCGCGAACAAGGAAAACGAGAUGAAUGUCUUAAAGGAAAAUAAGGUUUCCUUUGAAGAAAACAAUAAUUUUCUCGAGGAAAAUAAAGUUCAGCCAAAGGAGAAUGAAGUUUGCCUUAGGGAGAAUGACGAUUGCCGAAAGGAGAAUGUAGUUUCUCCACAGGAGAAUGGAAUUUGCCUAAAGGGGAAUGAAGUUUUCCGAAAGGAGAAUGAAGUUUGCCUAAAGGAAAACGAAGCUAGCCUAGAGGAGAAUCAAGUUCCUGUAAAGGAAAAUAAAGUUAACUUUAAAGAGAAUCAAGUAUUGGAUACAAAGUUUCACCCCGAGGAAGAUAAGGAGAACAGUGUACCGAAUAUUCAAACAGGAUCAUCAAAUCCUGGUCCAUCUGGAGACAAUCCUGCCAUCGUUGAACAGUCUGGAUCAUCUCGAGUUGUCAUGAUGGUCCUUGUCGAGAACAAAUCGCGUUUUUCAAGGUCAGAAUUGGCACCUUUGAUUGAUUCUGGAUUGAAGAAAUUAGAAGAGACUGCAUCUUCCAUGGGGAGCGUUUAUUCUUCAGUUGGCAGUCGUUCAUCUCGAGUGGAAAGAAAUAGCUCAGAGCUUAGGGAAACUGGGCCCAGAAGAAGGUCCGUUACAUCUGUCAACAGUUACCUCAGUUUCACCAGUACGGAAUGUUUUUCUGCUCAGAGUGGAUCCCAGUGGAAUAGUAGUAAUGAGAGGUCCUCGCCUGAAAGAGUUGAAUCUUCGAAACCUGAAGGAAUCUUCUCAACAGUGGCUCGAGUCGUGAGAAGCGCUUUGAGAAAAUUACCAGUUGCGCUACCUUUUUUUCUUUCAGGAGGUAGUCCAGCACAAGUGGAAUUGAGAGAGCCUAGAAUUCCACAGUCGCGUGCUGCAAUUGCAUCUACAUCUGCAUCUACACCUACACCUACAUCUACAUCUACAUUACGCCCUUCAUCUUACGAUUCAACAUCUUCUCUUUCUUCAACAUGUAUUCAGCCACCAACCAAGAGACCUAGGGAUCCAAUUUCUCCACCAGAAAUUACUGGUUCUACUUUUGAAAAUGAAGAACGAAGUCCUAUUGCCAAAAGACCACGGGGUUGGUAUAAAAUAAAGGCGAGAGAACCAAUAGCUCGAAUGAGAAAAAUCCAAGUAGCUUCACCCAAAGGUGUUUCUUCGGAGACACAACGAUUUCAACAAGGUUCUCUUUCUGUUGGAAGAGAAAAUACCAUUUUGCCUCUUCCAUCGAGGGCACAUCAAUGUACUCAAACAGAGUUGGAUUGAUUAAAUGUAAAUUAUUAUCCUACUUAAAAUUAUAUCCUCUAUUUAUCAACUCAAUACAUUUUUGCCUGGCGAAACAGUAUUGUCAUCUAUUAUAAUUUUAGUUUUAGGACUUAUGUCUAUACUAUUAGAUUUUAUCAUUUACGAUCAUGAAAAAUGAUUUGAUUAUAUUCAACAUUUUUUUUAUUGAAAACAGAAAUAGUUAUCAACCGUUCAUUUUAGAUCUGUGGUAGAUGCUUCCGAGUAAUAGUAUAUUGAAUUGAAACAAAAAUGUUGAAGUAAUUUAUCACUUUUUACUUGCAAUGCAAGAAAAAUAAUUGUUAGACUAGGAAAAUAGCUAACACAAGUGUGUAGUUGAUAAAAUAAAAA